AGUCAGUCUAGCUAAAACCUGGAGGCUGGCUUUCUAAGUCUCCCUCGUUUUGCUUGUAAAUUUCAAUAGCUUGGAAGAGAGGAGAGAGUGGAAGGGAAAAAAGUGGUGGAGGUGGCUGGGAGAAGCCGCAGAGAAAUAGAAGCAACUCCCUCUUAGUUACUCUGCAAAAGAGCGAGUGAGCCGGUGCCAGAAAGAUCUUAGAGAAAGGGGGCUCUCGAUUUCAGGGAGCUUGGGAGGGCAUCCCAGCCAGCCCCAAUGAAACCCCGCAUGAAGCGCCCCUCCAGCCAGAGGACUUGAUCUGCCUCCUUUGGAGGGGGGGGGGAGCAAGAGAUUCCUCUCCGGCUCAUCUGCCUAAGCGCUGUGCCCGGAGAGCCGCCGUCGGGAUGCCGCUCAGGCUGAGCUCGGUGUGGCUGCUGAGCUGCUUGGCCAGCCUGUGCCGCGGUUAUUUCGACGGGCCGCUGUACCCGGAGAUGUCCAACGGGACGCUGCACCAUUACUUCGUGCCUGACGGAGACUACGAGGAGAACGACGACCCAGAGAAGUGCCAGCUGCUCUUCAGGGUGAGCGACCGGCUGCGCUGCUCGGCGGGAGGGGAAGCGCAGCAGCGGCUGAACUACCAGGCGGCGCCCAGCCUGACCCUGCGGGAGGAGUUCACCAUCCUGGGCCGGCAGGUGGAGGAUGCGGCACGAGUGCUGGAAGGCAUCCGCAAGAGCAUCUCCUACGACCUGGACGGCGAGGAGAGCUACGGAAAGUACCUGCGCCGGGAGUCUACGCAGAUCGGCGACGCCUACGCCAACUCGGACAAGUCGCUGGGCGAGUUGGAGAACAAGUUCCGGCAAGGGCAGGAGCACGAGAGCCGCGAGGAGAGCCGCCUCAACGACGACUUCCUGGGCAUGCUGGUGCACACGCGCGCCCUCCUCAAGGAGACCCUGGCCAUCUCGGCGGGCCUCAGGGACAAGUACGAGCUACUCGCGCUCACCGUCCGCAGCCACGGCACGCGCCUCAGCCGCCUGAAGACUGAGUACCUGAAAGGCUGAGCGCCUGGCCAUCGCCUACCCUCGCCCUCCCGCCACAGGGAACCCCGCUGUGCGUUCGGGGGGCGGGGGGGGGGUGGAAGAGAAGCGACUCCUCUCCAAAGCUAUCCUCCUUCUAUCAUUAAUGCAGCUGCUGCACUCCAGGAAUUUCAUCCAUUUGUUGCAUUUGGAUAAGCUUACAUAAACUUAAGAGGGGGUAUCUUAUGCUUUUAAAUGACGCGUUCAUGAGUCACAGCAAGCGCCAUCUCAGACGAGGCAUUCCUCCUGUGUAAUGCUUCUUUUAAGAUGGCACUGGUCUCCCAUGAUUGUGUAAGAAGUACAUUACAACUAACUGUUUAAAACAAGUUAGCUGAUGAAUCACAGGCAUCAAUCUUACAAAAGUUUUUAAACAAUGGCUCUGACUCAUGUACUUACAGUUGCAAUCCUAUGCAGAGUUCCUUCAGUCUACACCCAUUUAUGUCUAGAUUUUAGCCAGUGUCGCUCUGCUCUGCAUUGGAUUGCACUGUUAAUUUUGUAGCUUUGUUUAUUACCAUUGUUACUAUUAUAAAUUCUUUGAUGUCACUAAUAUAAUCAUUCAUGUGUAGCACUUGGUUAUACUCAGUCCUCUGCCUUGAUCAGGACUGGAAGUCCCAUUCAGCAGAGAGGCACUGGUUUGCCUCAGGGGACAGAUUUGUUGGGAUUAUUAAAAGACAACAAAGUAUUCACUUGAGUAUAUUUUUAAUCAUCAUGAUGGCUUCCACUUCUGCAUGACCAAAAUGAUCUGCCUCCUAUGCCUGCCAACUUUCUGACAAGCAGGAAUUCAACAUGUUACUUUCCCUUACUGCUGCAUCUUUGUACCAGUGAAAGCUUCACUUGUUGGAUUUUCAUUUGUCAUUAAAGGCAUGACAGGCCCAUGAAG